CAUGACCUACUUAUGUGAAGUAAGAGUGUGUUUCAAUGCACAGUCAUCUGUAAUAUAUGAAAUAUAAAUCAAUGUUUGGGGUCAAACAGUCUGUUCAUCUCCGACCAGGACCCCUCAGGUGUUGCGCGCCCAUCCGUUCUGGGGGGUGCUGGAAAAAGCCCCCAUGGAGCGUCGCAGCGCUGCCAAUCGCAGAACCGCUGCUGCUUCGAGAUUGCACUUGGUAAACUCAAAUCAGUCAAUCUGUGCCUUGAAUCAGAAUACAUAUUUUCAAUAAUUAUAUUCCAUCACAUUUAAUUACAUUAUGUCAUAUUAUAUUAUGUGUUUAAUAUUAUACUGCCUUAUGUCAUGUUGGAUUAAAAUAAUUGCUAAGUAUUUAACUGCAGAGUACAUUAAUGUGUGAUUUAGAUACUUUGUCGCAUUAAGUCAUAUUGCUGAAAUAGGUUGGAGGUGGCAUAGCCCCCCGCACCCGAAAAAAGGGAAUUCCACCAGCCGCCACUGGCUCGGCCCCAUCUUGUUCUUACACAACCUGUUAUUCCAUUCUUACACAACCUUGCACAAGUUCAGAAAACACUCAUGUAACAGUUUCUGUCAUCAUUUUCUAUAACCUGACCGCACCAGUAAAGUGCUACAGAAUAAAACAAGUUAACAGGUUUAAGAAAAAAGAGGAGCAUAAAAAUGCGGUGGUUUUAAGAGUACGCUCUCUUAAAAAGACAGGUUUUUAGACCCUUCUUGAAGGAGUCAGAGGUUUGUGGACCCCUUAGGUGGUCUGGGGGGAAUCCCACAGGCGAGUGGACGAGCGGACGUGCAAGAUGACUCAUCAGUAGACAACCGGGGGCGGGGCCAAAGGCCUGACACUUGACAUAUAUAUAAAGAGGUGCCUGAGCUGAAGAGUUUGUGCUACACUGUGGCUGAAGUUCAGACUCGCAGGAUGAGUACCCUGCAGACUCUGUUUCUCCUGGCCGCAGGCCUCUCUGUCGCCGAGUGUUCUUCUGCUGUAAAAAGCAAUGCACUCAACCAGUUCAGGAACAUGAUCCUCUGUGGGAUGCCCGAUAGCUGGCCCAUUCUCGACUACGCCGACUACGGCUGCUACUGUGGGAUGGGAGGCUCUGGCACGCCCGUGGACGGUCUAGAUAGGUGCUGCAUGGUGCACGACCAGUGUUACGGUGAUGCCAUGCAGCUCGACGAGUGCUGGUCCAUCAUCAACAACCCGUACACCGAGUUCUAUGACUACAGCUGCGAUGAGAAAAAGAAGAAGGUCACCUGCGGCAACAAGAAUAACGCAUGUGAGAUGUUCAUCUGUGAGUGUGACAGGAAGGCCGCAGAGUGUUUUGCCAGAUCAGGUUGGAACCCCGAGUACAAGAACCUGCCCAGCGACCGAUGUCAGUAAAGACCUCUGCGAACAACUCUAUCAUGUGACGUGACAUAGGCAUCUUUGAGUUCUCAGACGUGGCAGAUUGUUUCGUCAUUUAAUGAGGAUUCAUUGCCUUUUUGGAAAUAUCCAUAUAGACAUUGUGCUGUACAGUCCCAUUGAAAGUAUCAUGAUUUCUGUAUGGGAGAAUGUAUAUAAAUUUUAAAGAUCUUUAGCCGUCCAUGAUUCCCUCCAUGUGCUGAACCUCUCUUGUUGGCUGUGGAACUGUUAACAUAUCCUGACAAUAAACACAAUUAGAUCUG